AUGCCUUCCAAGAGCGAAUCGAAUGGUAGCGAUGGCAAGAGCUCCUCGAAGGUGAAGUCAUGGACGAAAGGGCUCCUCGCCCAUCUUGUCAUCGUCCCUGCCUGGGUUAUUCCCCCAGGCCUGCUACUCGGCUCCCUGCUGACCGCCGGUGCUCCUUUCGGAGCCAAAGGCUUGGUGGCCACCAUGGGAGCCGGAGUGGGAUUGAUGGCCGGCCCGAAGUCGCUCCGACCCGUUCUGUGCGCACUCGUUAUUCUUCUUGCAUCAAGAGCGAAGAAGGGCAUCGCAAUGGCCGGUGCAGUCUUCGCUUCGUUCCUGACUUGGCUGGUGACUCGUUCGGGAACCAUUUCUCCAAAGCCUUGGCUCUUCAACUUUGUCAGCACGUGGGCAAAGGACUACUACACUGAGACAGCUCUUCGAGGUGCCUUGCAUGACAUCCGACCCACGAAGAGCUUCUUCGGCUUCCACCCACACGGAUGCCUCUGCGCCGGUUUUACCAUCAACGGCACGUACAACCCAGAUUUCAUGCGGGCAGCCACUCGAGUGGCGUGGCUGUGUGACAACAACCUCAGGCACAAGAACCCUGGCUUCCAGCUGAUGAGUGAGGCAUACCUCGCAGAGGACAGGGCCAUCGAAGCUUGUGAUGCUGAAGGCUUCAAGCUCCAAAUGUCGACCGGCGUGAACGUUGCGUUUAUUCCUGGUGGCUUUUUGGAUGCAGUUGCCUUCGAGUUUGGGAAGGAUGUUUGCGUCCUUCGUAGCAAGAAGGGCUUCAUCAAGUACUGCCUGCAGUUUGGAUACCGCGCCCAUCCUGUUUACACAUUUGGCGAGUGCGAGACGUUGCUUGGCUACCAGCUGAACAGCUCUGAAGUGGGCGAGUCCAUCGUGUCGGCCUUAGCUCAUUUGCCAUGCACUCCGAGCCAGCUGUGCGGGUUCACUGAGAGCUUUGUGAGACAGCAGCAAGGGGCAAUGUCCUCUGCCCUGUUGAUGGCAGCACUGUUUGCUGGUGCUGUGGCCAGCAAUGUCCACGGAGAGCAGGCGACCGAUGCGACCGAUGCGACCGAUGCGACGGCGCUCUAUAUGUAUGAUGACCCACCUCUGCUGUUGCGCUGCCUUUGGAUAGCAGGAUCAGUUUGCGCUGUGCUGGCUAUUGGCAUCUCCAUCUACAACAUCAAGCAACAUGCUGCAUGUGCAGCAUUGCAGGGCUUCGGACAAGAUGAGCUCAUCUCUUCCUUUGGUGCAAGGGCAAGCCGCAUCAUGAAGUUGCUGCUUAUGCCCUUGACCUUUUCCGUGACGGCCGCCGUGCAGAUGUUCUUGCCAGGUGCUGCCGAGCUUCUCUCCCUGCUGCGCACAUGUCAGCUGGCCUUAUCAAUGAACGUGAUCAUUGAGUUGCUAUUCAUUUUCAAUGGCAGCCAGAAGCAAAUCGUCACGCGUCUGCCAGAAGAGCCGAUACCCGUUUAUGGGAAACCGCCUCUCUGUUGCAUUUUUGGAUGGAGCUGCUGCGCGCAAAAAGUUCAACUUGGGCAUCUUCGCUUCUUUGUGCUUGGCUUACAGCAGUUCAUGGUGAUCCUCCCUGUAGUGGCGCUGAUUGACUCCUUCAACCAGUCCUAUGCUGAGACUGGCAUCUUCGCCAAGAUCGACAUGGCAUGCGGGCUUGUGGUGACUUUGAGUACACUGUUCGGCAUGUGGUGCUUCAAGUGCCUCCUUCCACUUAUGACGGAGUCCAUCCAGAAACGUGCUGCUUCAAAGAGCACGCUGGAUGCCAUGGAGCAGUUCCUGCUGCUGCAAAUGCUAUUCUCUAAGGUCAUGGACAAGAUCAUGCCCUUGAUUUUGAAGACCGAUCUUCAUGCCAAUAAUUGGACAAUGCCAAACACGCUCUUCCUUCAAGUUGUUGCAGGUUUCCUGACCUGUGUACUUCAGCUCUACCUUGCCCAUCUCGGCCUGCGUGCCUAUGAAGCUGGACCAGCAAUGUAUCCGCCAGUGAACUUUGCUACGGACCUACCCCCAGACACCAUGGCUGUUCUUGAUAUGGGUGGAAUUGAUCCCGACAAGAAGCCAAAAGCAGUUGAUACUUCUUCGUCAGAAGUACGAGCUGCCAGUGAGCAUGUGAAUGUGUGUGUUUAG